GAGAGGGGGAUGGGGUUAGGAAGAAAAAGGAGGUGAGCGUUGCGGAGUUAAGAGAGUGUUGCUGCUGCAAGGGAAUGAGAGCAGAGCAAAGAGCAUACCAGAAAAAUAUUGUCUGAUUUUAAGAUUGUUAGAAAAUCUUUCCUGGACUAUCGAUUAAACAGCAGGAGUCAUGUUAGGAUGUGGAUGUCCUGUCAUCCUUCUCCUCCUCAUCAAAUUUCUGGACCUCUCCUUCGUGUCAUCAGCAUCAUCAUCAUCAUCAUCAUCAUCAUCAUCUCAGAAUGCCACUCUACUCCGUUUGUCGGCUCUCACAGAUGAUAACUAUGAGGACUAUACCACUGAGCCUCAAGGCCCAUCCACCACUAACUCCGAAGGCCCAAAUAACAACUGCAAAUAUGACCUGUGUGUGGAGCAUCAGCAAACCUGCCAGGAGCUCGCAAGAGUCACAGGCUGCCGCUGCCCGGGGCUGAGCUCUGCUUUCACUCCCCCGAGCCCACCAUACCUCUUGGAUCUGAUUCAACAGGACGGCAAAGGGGUUGUGGUGCGCUGGUGUGCUCCCACCUCCAUUGUCACCCACUACAUUGUCCGGGUGAAAGGGAGUGGAAAAGUGGAAAAAGUGGGGGAAAGCAAAAGGAGGGCAGUAUUGGAGGAUGUUGAGGCUGGUGCGUAUGUAUGUGUAGAAGCGGUAAAUAAAAGUGGCGUCAGUGCAAAGGAUGAGAAGUCAUGUGCCGUAUUUCAACCCCAAAAUUCAGACUCUGGACUUGCGCUGAAGCUGGGUAUUAUUGGGGGUGUGGUGGGACUGAUACUGCUGUUGAUUCUGGCUCUGCUGCUGUGGAGACACAAAACACGGCAGAUAUCCACCGCACGGACUGAGACUGAGGGAGUUCUGUAACGUGUGCAUGUGUGUGUGUGGGGGGGGGGGAGGGGGGGUCAAAAAUGCACUUAAUCUUGAUAUGAAUGGUGGGAUUAAAUGAAUGACUGUUGACUACUGUAAGCAUGUUGGAUAGAGAGAGUGUAUGGAUGACUUAAUGAACAUGAAGAGAAAAAGGGCCGCAGGGAAAGGGGAUGAAUGAUUCGGCACAUUCUUCUCAUUUGCUCGUCAGUGUCUAACAAUGUGAUUUAGGAAAAAUACACAUUGCCUACUGCUGGUGUGCUGACGCCAAUUAUGGGCUAUGUUUCAAGCCCACUUCCUGAUCGCAAUCACCUUUUAAACUUGUGUAGUCUAUGUUUGUUUCUUCUGCCUGUAUGUGCUUCCAAAGAAAAAGGCUGAAUCACAGUUUCUCACAUUUUCAGUACGAUUUGAUUGUAUCAAAUGAUUUAUACACAUUUUCUGUCAUUUUGUUAAAAGAGUUUGCUAAGAAAAUGGGUGUAGCUAAUUGUGGAUCUUACAAGAUAGAAUAUUUUUGUAUUUUUUCCUGAUAAAACAAAAUGUUACUGUACCAUACCAUAUGCUCCCAAAUCAUAGAUGUGUCAAAACAUAGUACUGAAAAUAUUCUUGUAUCAUAUGUUUACCAUAUACCAUAAUCCACACUUAAAUCUGAACAGCUUAAAUCAUUAUAUUAUAUUAUAUUAUCAUAUGCUAAAAACAUAUGUAAAUUGUUGAGUUUUUAGGGACAGUCACCUGACCCAUAAAAGGGAUGUGACUAUUCACUCUAAAGCCCCAGUGAAAUUAUCAUAAUGUCAUGAUGACUAAUGAUUUGCUGUUGACCGCACAAGAACAUGCACUGUCCCAAACCAUUAGCUAUGACAUCAGAGGUAGGAAAAAACAUGUCAAUUUCACACUUUUAAGAGCUGUCUAAAAAAGAAUCAGGCACUGGUAGAGCAUCUACUAUAAUAAAAUUAAACUUAUUAAAUAUUAAUAUAUAUUCUUCUUGCAAAAAACAUCAGUAAACUAAACAAACAAAAUUAAAUACAUCAAAAAAUUGACAAAACAUCGAGGCCCUAAGCUCCUCCAUGUUCAAUAGCAAGUGAAUGUGUGUAAAGACUUAAAGUUACCACAACUUCUAAUCUCAAGAGGCAGAUUAAUCCAAAAAUGAAGAGCAGCAACAGAGAAGGAACAAACCAUUAGACUUGAGGUAAAAUUUAGGAACAGUUAGCAACAAUCUACAAGAUGUCCAUCAGUCUUGAUGUCUGAUAAAUCGGAAGAAAGUCUUAAGUAAAUUGAGGAGCUAAGAUAAUCAGAAUCUUAAAAACAAAUAAGAAAACCUUAAACCUCACCCUAUAACAAACUGAGGCCAAAGAGGCCUGCACUGGAAAAACACAAACCUGUUAUAUUGUCCCAUUCAGAAGCCUAGUUGUGUUUAUGUUUGUGCGAGCAAGAAGCAGUAAUAACAUUAAGUGACAUGGCAUCUGACGCACGGAAACCAUUGGUACAUGCCACUUUGCUCAGUGGCACAUCUUGUGACACUUCCAGUUUUCACUGACAUGUCAGUGGAGAGUGGCAUGUGCCACUGACACUUGUGACAUGUGUCAUGUGUCGAUGGAUUGUGUCAAUGUGAUUUAGAUUUUGUGGAGUGUCACUGUAUGUUGUGGCUUCUCCAGUGAUGCUGCCGCUGUCAGCCAAAGUAUAAUGUAGACACAUGCACUCAACAGCAGAACAAGUUUUAAUCGAUGAUACGUUUCUGUCAAACAUGUAUUACUUGUUACUUUGAACAACAGCUUGGGCUUCUUCAUGUUUUUAAUAUUAGUCUUCUUCCUGAAUGUUUGGCCAAUAGCCAACUUCAAUAAUAAAUAAAUAAAUACAUUGUUAUAAAAUAACUCAAUUUCUUAUUGCAUAAUUCUAUUAAAUAUAUUUAAAAUAUUAAAGCCAUAGAUGAGAAGGCUGCACUGGCCAGUGCUAUAUUGCUGAUGCCGCCAGUACCAAAAUCAGAGUUUACAGUAACAGAUGUAACAAUCUACAUUUAGCAGAUGCUUUUAUCCAAAGCAACUUAGUGCAUUCAGGCUAUACAUUUUUUUUUACCAGGAUGUAUGUUCCCUGGGAAUUAAACCCACAACCUUUUGCACUGCUAACACAAUGCUCUACCACUGAGCCACAAUCUUUUUAGUGUACUUUUUGAGCCAAAUGUUAUGCAAAAAUGUUACACAUAGGGUUUACUAAACUGUACUAAACAGUGUAAAAUGUUACAUCCGUAUUAAGACAUCUAUUUUCAAUGGUUCAUUAUUAUGUUUCAGAAUUAGGUGAUAUUUAAAAUGAAUGAUUUUGUUUUUAGAGUUGUCAACAAAGGUCCAUGACACAAGGGAGUUACUGCUUCUGUACAAAUAAAACUUAAAAUGAAGGGUUGGUUUGGUAUGUCCAGACUCUUUUUAGGGAUUCCUCUGAAAUUUCAAAAUUGUAAUUUACCACAGAAUCACCAAAAAUGUUAUCAAGCAGCAGCACCUAGCCGCCAACUCCCUUAAGUGUUUUAGAGUGCAAAUCUACCAUCAACACAAGAGAGGCUGCAAAAACCGUUUUAGUAAAGACACAAGCAAAACAAUCUGUCUCUGGGUGGAACACUUCUGUCAUUCUAAGAGAACAAACAGAUCCAGUCAGCCCUUUCAAUACCAGUGCUUUGCAUUAUAUGCAGUCUUUGUAAUCAUCUGUAUUUUAGAAAGCUGGAAAAUAACUAUAAUUUAUGACAGAAUUACCAUAGCAGGCAGGAAUAAAUGAGGUCUACUGUGACACAUUCAGUUUGCUGGUCUACUGGAAAGUUCCAUUGUUUAUUGUGGUGGGUGUGGCUUAAGAAAACCACAUACUUUUCUCUGGAUUUUGCAUAUAGAAUUUUGUUUAGAUUUCUGGCAACAUGUCAGGUAAAAAAACAACACAUGCACAGAA